UGUACUUUUUUUGGUGGUUUUGAUGCGUUUUUGGUGGAUAGAUUUUGGACAUUUUUUUGGCUGAAAAACACUGAAGAAAUCUGGCAACCCUGCCUCCAAGCAGAGGAAAAAUAGCUGAUGUCCUUUUUUUUUUCUCUCUUUGUCAGACAAAAUAUCAAAAUAUUAACUCGAAACGACGCCAUUUUAUAGAACUAUUGACUUGGUAUUUCGAAAUAAUGACUUAUUUACUAGAAAGAUUGACUUAAUAUCUCGAAAUAACUUAUUUUCUGGAUAUAUUAACAAUAUCAUUGUUAAUAUCAAAAAUAUUAACUCGAAAAAAUGACUUCUAUAAAUAACGACUUAAUAUCUCAAAAUAGUGACGUAUCUCGAAAUAAUGACUAAUUUCCUGGAAAUAUUUCAUUAGAAACGCAAUAUUUUUUCUCGUGAUUUCAGUUAAGACGACAUUAUGACGAAAUGUCGAGAUAAUGAGUUACUGAAUCUUGAAUUAUAGUGAUCAGAAGCCGUUAUUUAGACUCAGAAAGUCAGUAAUUAUUUUGAUCAUUAUUUUUAAUGAUAGUUUUGAGAUGCAUUGCUGUGUUGGUGGUCAGUCAGGCCGGAUCUCUGUGUAUUGGUGGUCAGUCAGGCCGGAUCUGUGUGUUGGUGGUCAGUCAGGCCGGCAGGGGGCGACGCUGAGACUCGAGCCUUGCUGCAGCGCGUCUCCCUUGGUAAAGAUGGCGGCGCACUGUGCCGGUAUGAUGCGUGUCCGGGCUCUCUGUAAACUGUUGUCACGGACUGUGGAAACCCGAGUCCGGAUCGGGUCCAGCUGGAGCUGGACGAGCAGAUACCGGACCAGAGCAGAGGACCGAGGAGGAGCGGAGAGGGACACAGCGAGGGACACAGAGAGAGGUCAGUCCGACUUCCUUAUGGAGUUUCCCCAGGCGAAGAGUCUCCUGCACUCGACCCUGUCUAGAUCCCUGGGCCGCUCUGAUGUGUCUCGGUAUAUUCGGUACCACUGCACGGAUGGGGAGGUUAAGAGGGCGACGGUGACGCUGCUUUGGCCUCAGAGGAUUGAAGUGGAGGGGUUCGGCUCUCGGAAAGUGGAGGCGGAGCGCCGUGCCGCAGCAGCUGCCUGCCACAGGCUGAGAGAGCUGGGAGUUUUGGGUCCAGGGAACCAGCUGCCCAGAAGGAGGCUGGCCAGGCGGCCGGGGUGGCAGUCCUCUUUCUUGGAGGAUGCUGACGGGGAUGUGUGUGACAGACUGGAGCCAUCGAGGACUCUGAAGAACAGAACACGAGGGACUGCAGAAAGCCCAAGGCUGGUGGAGGAGGAUCCUAAAGUCUCGGAGGCGCUUGCCAUCUUCUCAAAGCCAAAGGCGCUACUGGUGAAAGUUGUUCAAGUGGCCACAUCGUCUAGUAGAAUCAGAGAGCUGCUGCAGUACAAGACGGUGGGAGGGAAGGUGAAGGAGUGUCAGCUGACUCUGCACUGGCCCGAAAAGAUGACUUUCACUGCCCUCGGCCGCCGGAGGCUGGAGGCGGAGACACGAGCCGCUGCCCUCGCCUGCCUCAGACUUAAGGAGCUGAAUCUGCUGGACGAACAGAAUAACCCCCUCACUCAUGCCAAGUACCACCAGGAGGAGGUGCGGGAGGCAGGAGAGCGGGAGAGGAGACCAUGCCGGGUGGAAAUACCAGAGGAGCUGGAGCAGAGCAUAAGAGAUUACCUCACUCAGUAUCCACUGGAGGCAGAGAUGCAGAAGCUGUGGGAUGAAGAGGAAGAGCAAGCGGAGAGGCAGCUUUCCUCACUUGCCGAGAACGACGAGGAGGAUGUUGAUGAUGAUGACGAUCCUAUCCCGGAUCCCAUCACCGGCCGGCCGUACCGUGCCCUGAGCCCAGAGGAGGCGGAGCGUCUGAGUUCCAGUCUGCAGAAGAAGUGGGAGAGGGCAGGGCCAGCGCGGGGGGCGGAGCUUCCUGUGGACUCUCAUAGGGAGCGGCUAGUGGAGGCGGUGGAGGCCUCGCGGGUGCUGGUUGUUGCUGGGGAGACGGGUUGCGGGAAGACCACACGGAUCCCGCGUUUCUUGUUGGAGGGGCGUGUGAGGGGCGGGGCAGGCGCCCACUGCAACAUCCUGGUCACUCAGCCACGUAGGAUCAGCGCAGUCUCAGUGGCUCAGCGCGUCUCUCAGGAGAUGGGCCCCGCCCUCCGGCACUGUGUCGGCUACCAGGUGCGUCUGGAGUCUCGACCGCCGGAGCGCAGCGGUGGCGCCCUCCUCUUCCUCACGGUGGGCGUUCUCCUGCGGAAGCUGCAGAGCAACCCAUCCCUGCAAGGGGUGAGUCACGUGCUGGUGGACGAAGUGCACGAGCGGGACGUGAACACAGACCUGCUGCUGGCUCUGCUGCACUGCGCUCUGAGAGAGAACCCAGAGCUCCGCGUGGUCCUCAUGAGCGCCACAGGGGACACCCAGCGCCUGGCCCAGUACUUCGGAGGCUGCCCUGUGGUGCACGUGCCAGGCUUCAUGUACCCCGUGAAGGAGAGGUACCUGGAGGAUGUGCUGAAGGAGAUGGGACGGCAGCCGAAGCUGGUAUCCAUGGAGGAAAGAGACACGCGGAAGGGACCAGAAGAUGCAUCCCCUGAUCUUGAUUUAGUGGCCAAUGUGAUUGACCACAUUCACACACGAGGAGAGCCAGGUGCAGUGCUGUGUUUUCUGCCCGGCUGGCAGGAAAUAAAAGCUGUUCAGCAGAAGCUGGAGGAGAGGCAGGCCUUCAAAUCAGGCUCUCAGAUGGUCCUACCAUUGCACUCCAGCAUGUCUGUAGCAGACCAGCAGGCCGUGUUUCAGCGCCCCCCAGAGGGCCAACGCAAAAUUGUCCUGGCAACCAACAUCGCAGAAACCUCCAUCACCAUCGAUGACAUUGUCCAUGUUGUGGACGCGGGCUCUCAAAAGGAGCAGAGCUACGACCCCAGGACUAAGGUCUCGUGUCUGGAUACGGUCUGGAUCUCGCGCUCGAAUGUUACUCAGCGGCGAGGCAGGGCGGGCCGAUGCCAGCCUGGCCAUGCCUAUCACUUGUUUCCCCGACAACGGCUGGAAACCAUGACCACGUUUCCCAUCCCUGAGAUUUUGCGGACACCUCUGGAGAGCCUAGUGGUCCAGGCCAAGAUCCACAGUCCACAGACUAAGGCCGUGGACUUCCUUUCUCAGGUGCUGGACUCUCCAGAGCGAGGGGCUGUGAAAGACGCAGUGAAGACCCUGCAGGACAUCGGAGUGUUGGAUGGUUUGGAGUGUCUGACUCCGCUGGGCGAGCGGGUGGCGUGUAUAUCAUGUGACCCGCGCUUGGGGAAGGCUCUGGUUCUGUCGGCUCUGUUCCGCUGUGUUCUGCCCAUGCUCUCUGUAGCUGCCUGUCUGACCCGAGACCCGUUCCACAACAGCAUGCAGAACCGCGCUCUCGUCAACAAGGCUAAGGAGGCUCUGAGCGGUUCUAGCUGCAGUGAUUAUCUGGUGUUCAGCAGGGCCGUGCAGGGCUGGAGGGAGCUCGGGGACAGACAGAGUCGGCAGGAAUAUCUGGACUUGCACACACUGUCGGGAACAAGUCUGCGUUUCAUACACGGCCUGACUCAGCAGUUCAGUGAGAAUCUGGUGGAGGCGGAGCUAGCGGCUCGCUCGGUUGACUGUCUCCGCCCCUCGUCCCGGCUCAAUCAGCACAGCCACCAGGAGCAGCUUCUCAAAGCUGUGCUGCUGGCAGGGUUCUACCCCAACCUCAUCCAGGUGAAAAGAGGCACUGUGACCAAAGGGGGCAGGUUUCGCCCAGAUAACCUGUCCUAUCGCACUCAGAGUGGGCCUGUGUUGCUCCACCGCUCCUCUGUCAACAGGGGUGAACAGCAGCUCCCCAGCCGCUGGCUCACAUUCUUCUCCGCUGUUAAAUCGAACGGGAACGUCUUCAUCAGAGACUCCUCCACGGUCCACCCGCUGUCCCUCCUCCUCCUCACUGACUGUGAUCUGGUGGAGAGAGUGUAUGGGGAUCAGGUGGAGGUGGCGAUGCCAGGCCGUUCUCUCGUGCGGUGGGAGCUGCCUGCUCAGAGCUGGGAGUUGCUAUGGGAAUUACGCACAUCUCUGCAGGCCAUGGUCCACCGUAACCUCCGAGCUUUGACUUCUGACUCUGUUUCUGAAGCCAGAGGCACUCAAGAUGACCAGCUCAUCUCUUUACUGGUGGACCUUCUGAAUAACACUGAGCCAGAUGCUAAUAGUGAGGACUACAGUGAUGGAGAGUGAUGGUCAGGGCUUUGGCGGUGCUUUACUAGAGUGACGUGAUUCAACACUAUGCAUACCUAUUGCUCUUUCUGUUUGAGUCAACCUACUUACGCACAAAGAAGGCAAAUACAUGUCCCUUCCUAGCUAAGCAUGCCAACAACUUCUGAUAGUGCCUACAGAUGAUUGAUACUCGUCAACAAGUCCCCUGAUUGCCAAGCGACGGGAAAUAUGCAAGAUGGCUUCACAACAGUUAUCUGCACUGCUGAGAUGAUUGGAAUGAAAAGAGGUCCACUUUGCAUUAACAUGGUCAUAUAAUGAAGAGAAACUGGAUUUGCAGUCAGAUAUUUUGUGAAGAUUUGAGACAGAAGAGUUUCUCCGAUUUAUUUAAUGAAUGGACGUUUUCUAGUUUCUGGAGCAUCUGCAGUAAUUCUCUAUUCAAAGACCUGUGAUAUUUGCACUGAAUUCACUUGAAUGUAGUUUCAAACUAGAUGAGGAUGGUGUUUCUUGACAGAGUUAUGAGUUGUAGUCUGACUGUGUGACUGUUUCAUCUUUGUUGCCCUACUUGGCUUCGCACUGAGAGCAGAAGAUAAUCCGUAUGGAGGCUGAAAUUCUUCCUGGUUGAAGAGUUAAUGUUAACACUGUUUAUGUUGUUGUAAGAAAAUGACCACAUUGAAUGUGCAUUUAUUUAUUGCAUUCAUUUAAUGUUAUCGUUGGACUGUAAUUAAUGACACUGACAAUAUAUCAAAGCUACAGAGUGAAUUUUUUAUGGUUGCCUUCUUUUCUAUAUCAUAUCUAAAGACCAUCACAGGAAUUAAGCAACAGUUUUCGGCGAACUCAUGCACAACCCUACUCGAGAUACGGCUCAUUCUGGCCAGGUUAAAGUAGCUGAAGAUCUUAUCAAUCUAAACUGACUGCGAAGGAAAGUUCAGCAAAUUUGGUAACACUUUCCUUGAACUCAUAACCAUGACAUAACCAUGCCAUAAACAUGUCGCAGUGUCAUAUCAUACUGUCAGCUUCGAAUUAAAAGGAUCUACCUGCUUUCAGUGCAGUUUUAAGAAUGAAAGAUUUCACUUUCAAAAUAGUAAAACUGUUAUGUAGUGCAGUUAUCUGUUAAAUCCUUAAAAAGGAAUUGCCUUGAGACACAUUUGACCGAUAAGUGUUAAAAUUGUGGGAUAUUUGGAAACGGUCUUUUCUAAAAUUGACAAAACGCAGAUGGAAACAUUUUAAUUCCUUUAAUUCCUUAAGUUUAGAAGGAUAUGGUUCUAUCUGUGAAAUAAACCUGUGUUAGAAUGGAAAUUUCACCGCA